GAAUAAGCUUAGCCCUCUGCGUCGGGGGUAGCGAUCACAGACGAGGGGAAGGGGGAAAAGGAGGGGAGUGGUUUCUCCAGAUCGACGGUGGAUGGUCGGGAGAAUUAACAACGAUCAGAAUGAUGGCACGGAUAGAGACGCGUCCACCCAGGGUUCAUCUCCCAGGGCACCAGGGGAGAAGAGGGGCCGAACAGAAAGCAGGAGCAAAAGAGGGCCAGCGAACAGGCCAUUCACGGAGGACACGCCAUGGCCAAUCGACGUGGUCCGGCAGCAAUCAACACCAAACCAAAUAAUCAAAAAUCAAAAUACCAAACGAACAAAAAAAAAAGAAUCGAAAAAGCAAAGCACGGGGGACCCGAAAAGGGGCAGGCAAGCGAUCGUUGCUCCUUGCGUCGAGGAAUGCAUGACAGAUGCCGGGCGGUGGAGGACACAGCUGAGGCUGAUCGGGUCGGGGCGAGAGGAUGGGGAGGGGAAGCAGGAAGAAAGCCAUGGCGGUCCCUCAUUGCUGGUAAGCAUCAUAAUUCUUGGAAAUCAUAAUUAUUAGAAAUAUAAUCGGCAAUAAUUAGCUGGCAGCUGGGGGAGAACAUAGAUUAUUCUUAGCAGAGCAGCCCACGACCGGCCGAUGUACGGAGAAUUACUAGGGUAUAGCUCGAC